AUGAUAAAUUCGAUAAUUGAUCUCUUCAUUCAUUUUCCUACCCAUUUCAAAGGAAGAAUAAAGAGAAAACUUACGAGUAGCAUUAUCAUUAUAGUUAUCAACAACUAUUGCUCUAUAAAGUCUAACAAGAUCGGAAGGAUAAAGAACCAGGAAGGUGAUACUGGUGGUAGUGAUGGUGGUGAUGAUGGUGGUGGCUAUUCGCCUCCUUUUCAAUCUGCCACCGUAGAUGGAGAAAAUCAUCGACUGAACAUGGAAGCCGGAGAGGGCCGGUGGUGUGGUAUCCAUACACCUCGUGAGCCUUCUCUAAAAGUUUAG